AUGGAAACAGCCUGGUGUCCUAGCAACAAGCAUAUUCGUUUGCCUGGCUGCCUUGUGGAGUUCUGUCAACACAGGACCACCGCGGUCGCCCGGGCCGAGCCCAAGGGUGAGACCCACAGCAAGAUUCUUGAGGAUCCCCUCGGACACCCUGACUUUUUCAACGUCAAGGAGCUGUUUUCCGUGAAAAGCUUCUUUGGUGCCCGCGUGCACCUGGGGCACAAAGCUGGCUGUCAGCACAGGUUUAUGGAGCCCUACAUCUUCGGGAGCCUCCUAGACCAGGACAUCAUCAACCUGGAACUGACAGCCUCGCACCUCCAUCUGCCCUUGAAUUUCACUGCCCACGUGGACUGCUGCAAGGGCACCAACCUGUUUGUGAACCACAAGCGGCAGUUCACACAGCUGUUCGAGAACACUGCCCGAGAUUGCAGCGACUAUGCCCAUACCCUCUACUUCAAGGGUGGCCUGCUGACCAACGCUCUGCUCCUUUUCGGCCCCACAGUCCACCUAUCUGACUUCAUCAUCUUCCUGCACACACUCAACAAUGUCUUCGAGCCCCACAUGACUGUAAGAAACGCAACCAAGAUGAACAUUCCCAACGUUGGCAUCGCGGACACCAGCUGUAACCCCUGCUUCAUCACCUAUUUCUUCCCUGGCAAUGACGACUCCCCACCAUCUGUCCAGUUUUUCUGCAGGCUCUUCCGGACAGUCAUUAUCAGGGUCAAGGAGAAACAGCGGCAGGUGGAGGCCCUGUGUCCAUUGCAGAGCCCCAAGGAGGCAGAGGGCCACUGUUCUCCCAGAGUUGAUGUGAACCAUUCCCUGUGA